AUGGCUUCAGAGACUUCUCUACCUUCCACGCAUCGAGCUAUUGUUCUGCAUUCACUUGAUACCCCCUUGAAAAUUGAGCAACAGCCAACACCAAAAGCAACUCCGGGAAACGUCGUCGUCCGAAUCCUCGCCGCCAAUGUCCUCUCCUACGGCCGCGAGAUCCUCGACGGCACUCGUCCAUACCCUUAUCCCAAGCCUUAUAUCCCCGGCGGCAGCGCAGUCGGAAGAAUAGCUGCCGUUGGAACGGAUUCCAGCAUCUUCUCCCCAGGGCAGCUGGUUCUCGCGGAUAUCAUGACGCGUGCUCGAGAUGACACCUCGGCUAGUUACCUGAUGGGUAUACACAACGGCUUUUCGAGCACGACGAUCAAGCUCGCUACUGAUGAGUGGAGGAAUUCGACUUAUGCUGAGUAUGCAAAGAUUCCACUUGAGAGCUGCUAUCCUCUGGACGAGGCACGGCUGUUGGGAGAUCCUGCAAGCGGUGGCUUGGGAUACACUGUUGAUGAUUUGACGUAUAUAUAUCGACUUUUGGUACCCUUCGGAGGAUUCAGGGACGUUGAUCUGAAGGUUGGAGAGACGGUUCUCAUUGGCCCUGCGACGGGGCCUUUUGGAACUGCGGCUGUGAGCCUUGCUCUCGCUCUAGGAGCGAAUGUUGUUGCUAUGGGGAGAAACGCCCAAGUGCUGGAGAAGCUCGCGGCUAUGAGCGACAAAGUCAAGACGGUACAGAUAACAGGGCUCGUGGAAAACGACACGGCAGCCAUCAAAAAGCACGGCCCGAUCGACGUCUUCUUCGAUAUUUCGCCCCCAAUGGCCGCAGAGUCGACGCACAUCAUGAGCGGGAUCCUAUCUCUGGCGCACUCUGGCCGUGUUAGUCUGAUGGGCGGCAUUGCGGGAAACAUUUCUAUUCCGUACGGCGCCAUCAUGUUUAACGACUUGAAGUUGCACGGCAAAUUCAUGUACGAGAGGAAGGACGUUAGGAUGCUGAUCAAGAUGGUGGAGACGGGUAUCAUGGGGCUGGGGAAGAAGAUCGGGGCGCGAGUUGAGGGAAAGUUUGGGCUUGAGCAGUGGGAUGAGGCGUUUACGGCUGCGAAGGAGAAUGCGGGACCGGGACAGUAUGUUAUUAUUGCUCCGUGA